AUGAACCUGAACGACCCUUACCUUCCUCCAUCAGUAUCAUCCGAACCUACGCUGAACAUUCUCGAAGACAGUUUGGUCACUGAGAAAGCCGGAGCCUUGCUGAUUUCUCGAGAAGAACUGGCACGGACGAAAAGGCAAGACGAUGUAUCAUAUCGACGUCCACGGUGUGCAGAAGACUUCGAUGCGGAUUCGAUGAGAACCAAGCGGAGUACACUCAUGUCAAUGCACCACAGCUUCAAAGCUUAUACACCCGACGAGAAAACACUGCUUUUCAACGUCAAGGCUACCUUCACGGCCAGUAAAAGGACAAUAACAGUCAGGUUGAAGAAUCUCGAUGGUGAGAGGUUGAACGAGGCUUUUCUAGUCGAUUGUACGUGCCGUCUCACGCACUUUGCUUUCAUUUUCACCUCCGAGUCUAAUUCCGAUUCAGGAGUGUCGGCACGCCCGAGGGCCCAAAAUGGGGAUGAGAUGAUGCAGCGAAGACAGUUCGAGAAGACGUCGAUGAAUUUGCGGAUCGCUGUUCCAAUCUGUGGCUCUAAAACGUCGUCAACCGUUGCAAGCUCAAGGACUAUCGGUGCUGGCGACGACACGGGCUUCGUGUCCACCCCCUUGUCUUCUAUCUCCGCGGUUGUCACUGUGCUCGUCAGGGAGUUAGGAGUUCGUGCGCUCGUAAAAAUAACGCCUGGUCCAUCUGCGACGAAGUGA